AAACAAAGUAUCGAUAUUUUGCCACCUCUAGUAAGCAUAACUGCAUAGAAAUGAAAAAUAAAAUCGUGGAUGUGUCGAACCGUUUGAACUGAUUUAUGAUCCUUUCGAACAUAAAGCACUCCAACUACAAGCUUAUAGAAAUUCAAGCUCAUUAGAAAAGGCCUGAAAUGGAUGUUGAUACGUUAGCGGAUGUGGUGUUCCUAGUGGAGGGUUCCUCUGCCAACGGGGCCUAUAUAAAUGAGCUAAAGACGAAUUAUAUUGUACCAACUUUGGAACAUUUUAGCCAGGGACCAAUCGAGGAACGUGAAUAUUUAAUUUCAGAGCGUUAUUCGACGCAAUAUUGCGUGGUUGUUUAUCGAACACCUGCGAAUUUGUUGGAACCUGUUUGUACAACAUUCGGACCAUAUUCGUCGCCUCAAAAGGUAUUGGAUCUGUUUGAAAGACUGCCGUUAGUAGGUGGUGGCAUGGAAUCGUAUGCAAAUUUAGCUGAAGGCUUUGCUACUGCCCAUGUGUGCUUCGAUGACAUGAAGGAACAUCGUUCUGGUCUUCGAAAUGAGCCAACUCUCAAUACACAAAAACAUUGCAUUUUGAUGUGCAACAGUCCUCCAUGUCUGAUGCCGGUAAUGGAAUGCUGGAAAUAUUCUGGAAAGACAGUUGAGCAACUAGCAGCUCUAUUUCACGAACGAAAGAUUAAUCUUUCAAUAAUUGCCCCUCGCAAGAUUCACGUUCUUUUCAAGAUAUUUAUGAAAGCAGACGGUGACCAACCUCUGGCAGCUAAAAAUUAUGCCAAGAAUAUACGGCAUCUGGUGCUACUAAAAGGUUAUCACCUGAAAGAACGACCACAAAGCCCAAAUAGUGCCGCUAACGCUAUGGUGAAUCAAACAAAUCAAGUUGGUGGAUCUAACCAAGUGGUACAGCAGCAACAACAACAGCAGCAAGCCCAGCAAGCCAAUGUUCAACAACAGCAGAAUCAACAAAAUACAGGUAUGCAGAUGGACAAUUCUAUGGGCGCUGUCCAACAACAGCAGCAGCAACAGAAUAUGCAGCAACAAGUAGCUCAAAUGGCUGCUAUGAGUCCCAAUCAACAGCCAGGAAAUACUCUCAACCAGCAAAUGUUGCAACAGCAGCAAUUUAAUCAAAAUCCUAACUUCCAAAAUCAGGGAAAUCGUUGGGUCUUCAACCCCAAUCAACAACAACAACAGCAGCCACAAACACGCCCUCAAUUUAUCGGAGGUCCAAAUGUUUCUGGCGGUCCCAUGGUCACUCCCAUGGGAUCUGUCAAUCAGGGUAUGCCUGGGCAAAAUUCUGCUUUGAUAUCGCAACUGAGCGCACCGCCGAAUCAAAACAUGAAUCCAAUGUUGCAACAACAACAACAGCAGAUACGCAUGCAAAUGCUCAAUCAACAGCAAAUGCAACAACAAUUACAACAACAGCAACAACAGCAAAAUGUUAUGAAUCCCAAUAUGGCUGUACCAGGUCCUGGGCCGAACACGCAACAGCAGGUAUCCGUUGCCAACAAUCAGCCCAACACAUCAAUGGCAAAUCAACAAAAUCAAAAUAAACCCAAACCAACUGGAAUGAGAGAUACUAUCUGGUCAGGAACCUUAGAAUGGGUGGAGAAAAACAAAACAGAUCAACAAAAAAUUACCCGAACACUCCAGUGCACUGUUACAGCGAACAUCAAAGACGGUGAACCGGAAAUUAAGGCCGUCAACUGGCCCUCGAAGCUCCUAAUGCAGUUGAUGCCUAAACAUUUGGUGGGUAUUAUAGGGGAACAAUUUCUUAAAGAAUCGAAAAUGGUUGUAUUUAAACCUCAACCUUGCGAAGCCUUGGAUGCUUUGGCUAAAAGCAUGACCACAAUAUUUGCAGGCUGUGUUCACUUUACAACACCAGCGAAUACACCUCCCUGUGACAUCAAAGUGUUGAUUCUUCUCUAUACGGCCGAUAAAAAUGCAUUCCUGGGCUUUAUACCCAACAAUCAGUCACUGUUCGUGGAACGUUUGCGCAAAGCCAUACAACAGAAACAGUCUAUGGGAAUGCAACAGACGGCAACUGGAGGACCUCCCAAUAAUAUGCAACAGCAGCAGCAGCAACAACAACAGCAGCAAAUGCAAAAUCCGAUGGCUGGACAAAUUAAUACAAUGGGUCCAGGUCCAGGUGGCAUUAAUCCCCAGCAACAACAGCAAGAUCCAAAUCAACAGCAGCAGCAACAACAACACCAAUUUAAUCAAUACAAUCCACAGCAACAGAUGAACAUGCAAAUGGCUGGAGGCCCGAUGAAUCAACAAAUGAUGGGUGGCCCACCCAUGGGUGGUGGUCCCGACCAAAUGGUUGGCAAUAAUCCAAUGCAACAGCAAAUGUCAAUGAUGCAACACCAACGAAUGCCCAUGAUGGCGGGAGGAAAUCCCAACCAACCACAACAGCAACAAAUGGCACCCCAACAACAAAUGCAACGUAUGGUACGACCCAUGAUGAAUAACAAUAAUCCGGGUUUAAGACACCUGCUUCAGCAACAAUCAACCCCAGGCCAACAGUUUCGACCACAAAUGGGCGGUGGUGGUCCAGGUGGGGUACCAGGUAUGGGUGGUGGAAUGCCGAAUCCAAAUCAAAUGGCUGGCGGUCCCGGUGGUCCGAGCCGACCAUUUGACGAUAAUUUUGAUUUUAUGUAGAUUUACGUGUAUCUAGUUUAUUCAUGAUCGUUCAAUAUAUAUUAGGCUAUACUUAUCUAACAUACGAAAGAUUUAUAAAGCAAGAUAUUUAUAAUCAGAUUUUUAUUAAGUUAUUAAAAUUAUAUAACAUACUA